CUGAUGAUGAUGAUGAUGGCAUCAAUAAUACAGGCAUCAUCAUCAUCAUUAGAAAAUUAUUUCAAUGAUGAUACUGGUACUUCGAUAAUGGCACGGCCAUCACCAUAUUCACCAGAUUAUCAUCCAGAAUGUGACAUAAUAUUACCAGCUUCAUAUUCAUUUAUGAAUAAUUUAGAAGAAAUGACUGAAUUAUCACCACCACUACCAACACAACCACAAUCGUUACCACCGGUUAUUAAUCUAGAUGUUAAUGAUAAUUAUCCACCACCACCACCAUCAUCAUCAUCAUAUUAUUAUCCCAAUGAUAAUGAUGCAUUAACAAAUGCCGAGCUAAUAUUGACCAAUCCUAAUCAUCAUCAUGGUGCAUUAGGUGGCAUUUCAUUCCGGUCUUCAGCAUCGACAAUGCAUCCAAUUUUGCAAAAAUAUUUGUCUGCUAUUACUGGCAACAAUCAUCAUAUAACAAAACGUUCCACGCCAUAUAUGAUGACCGGUGGUGGUGGUAAUAUCUGUCUAAAUUAUCAGGAUAUUAAUCAAGCAAUACAAUCGGCAAAAAUGUCACUGGGCAUGUUUAGUAUACCACAGGAAAAUAAUCAUUUAUCAUCCGAUUAUCCUAAACCAGAACAUGUAGCAAAAGUUGGUGAAUUAUUAGUGAAAGCAUCGGAAAUUCUUUCACGUUCAUAUGGCUUGAGUAAAGAAGCCAUUGUUUAUGGUUUACCAAGGAUCGAUACAACCAAUACAAUUAUACGUGAUAUGUGUCCAUCGAUAAUGAAACCAGUGAAAUGUGAAUCAAAUAAAUAUCGUACUCUCAGUGGUAUGUGCAAUAAUCUUGAAUAUCCAAGCUGGGGUUCAACACGUUCAGCAAUGUUACGUUAUAUGCCACCUGAUUAUGCUGAUGGAUUAUCGGCACCAAGAAUGGCUAAAAGUGGCCAACCAUUGCCACCACCACGUGUUGUUUCAUUUGUAUUGCAUCAGGCUGAUGAAAAUGAUUAUGAUACUGAAGUAACCUAUUUGGUUAUUGCAUGGGGCCAGAUGGUUGAUCAUGAUUUAACAUUUGCUUCAAUGCCAAAAGAUAAAAAUGAUCAAUCAAUUAAAUGCUGUAAAUAUGCACCACAACAACGACAUCCAAAUUGUUAUCCAAUACAAAUGCCAAAUGAUGAUCCAUAUUAUAAAUUUUAUCCAAGAAAAUGUAUGGAUUUUGUUCGAUCAACGGCCGGUGUGAAACCAAAUUGUCCAUUAGGUCCACGACAUCAGAUAAAUGUUGUGUCAUCAUUUUUGGACGCUGAUUGUAUAUAUGGUGGUGCCAUUUCCACUACAAAACGUAUACGUGAAUUUAAUGGUGGCCGAUUGAAAUCGACAAAAGUCUACAGACAAAUGGGUCUUAAAGAUUUAUUACCAGCUAAAACAAAAAAUCCUGAUCAAGGAUGUGAACGUAGUGGACGUACAUCGAAUUCUUAUUGUUUCGAUACAGGUGAUACACGUUCCAAUGUACAAUUGCAGCUUACGGUUUUACACACCAUAUGGUUACGACAUCAUAAUCAAAUUGCCGAUGUUUUGAGUGAAAUUAAUCCACAUUGGUCGGAUGAAAAAUUAUUCCAAGAAACACGUCGUAUAGUAUCGGCAAUGAUACAACAUAUUACAUAUAAUGAAUUUUUACCGAUUGUUGUUGGUCGUCAAACAAUGACAAAAUAUGGAUUAAAUCUACAAAAAUUUGGCUAUUAUCAUGGUUAUGAUGCAAAAAUUAAUCCCGGCAUUCGUGUUGAAUUUCAAGCAGCCGCUUUUCGUUUUGGACAUUCAAUAGUUCCGGAUACAGUGGAUCGAUUUAAUAAAUUUCAUCAGAAAAUUGAUUCAGUUCGUCUUGCAUCGGUAUUACGGCAACCAUUUAGCCUCUAUCAUCCUGGUGUAAUGGAUUCAUUCAUUUUUGGUAUGGUCAAUCAACCUGCUUAUCGUGUUGAUGUUACAAUGGCCAAUGAAAUUACAAAUCAUCUGUUUCAAAAACCUGGUGAACAAUUUGGUCUUGAUUUAGCGGCUAUAAAUAUUUUACGUGGACGUGAAAUGGGUGUACCUGGUUAUAAUUAUAUGCGUGAAUAUUGUGGUAUGCAACGUAUCAAACAUUUUACCGAUCUUUAUGGCAUAGUUCAUAAUGAAACUGUUCGACGUUAUAUGGAACUUUAUGAACAUGUGGAUGAUAUUGAUUUCUGGUCGGCUGGUAUAGCAGAAUUUCCAUUAAUGGGUGCUAUGGUUGGACCUACAUUUGCAUGUAUUAUUGCCGAACAAUUUGCUCAAAUACGUAAAGGUGAUCGUUUUUGGUAUGAAAAUGGCCAUGGUACAACGAAAUUUUCAAUGGAUCAAUUGUCUGAAAUUCGGAAAACAAAAUUAGCCCGUAUCCUAUGUGAAGCGGCUGAUGAUAUGGAAAGUAUACAGCUUUAUCCAUUAUUGGCAGCACAUUCUACAUCAAAUCCUCGUGUCAAUUGUGCCGAUCUACCUGAAAUGGAUCUAACAUCAUGGCGUGAAUCAUAUCUACCAUAUGACAAUAAUGUUGGUAAUGGUAAUAUCGCUGUCAUGAAUACAAUAAUCGAUGAUUAUAAAGCUAAAUCGAAAGCUAAAGCUAAAGCAAAAGCAUAAAACAUACACACACACACAAGAUGUGAUGAUGACAAUGUAUCGUUUCAUCGAUCAUCAAAAAAAAAACA